AUGAAUUUUCACGAAACAGAAGUUGACAGUGGGAGUAAUAUCCAAAGGGACUUAGUAUUGCCAAUUUCAUGGCAACUGCAUUCUGUUCUCAGUGCUGAGAAUCUGUCAGACCUGCUUUUUGCUAUUAAUAUAAGGGAUGAUCGACAAGAAUUGAGUACCGGAUCAUUGAGUUUAUUACAUGUUAAGCAAAUUCCAGAAACAUUUCCAUCAUCUGCAGAUUACUUAAAAUCAUUCAUGCUGCCACUAAUAGAAGAAACCCAUGCAGAUUUCUGUUCUGCUUUGGAAUGUGUAGUUGAUCAAACUCCUGUAUGCGAGGUAACGAAUAUAGUCAUCAACAAAAACAGCCUUCCUGAGGAUUUAUUCUACCAGAUAACAACCACAAGCAUAACUGAUCAUAAUUAUCAGCCAAAAUACGGAGAUGUUUUCCUACUGACAAAUACGAGGCCAGAAUACGUUGAUGAUUUUAAUAAACCAGGAGAAACCUUUCUGAUGGCCUUUGUAUUAGGAGGAAAAGGAAACUCCAUUGACAUUGUGGCAUCAAAGUGUAUUAUUAACUCCAAUGUCGUACCACCUAAGAAGCCGAAGAGUCUUUUCGCUACUUAUAUGAUAAACUUGACUUCCUAUUUGAGGAUAUGGUUGGGAUUAAGCCUUGAUCCUACAUCAUCAAAGAUGAAUCUAAUUCAGAGACUUUCUGCAACAUUUCUCUCUUUGUUUGUCAUUUCUGUUACUGUAUAUAAGUCAUUGAAUUUGUGUUUACAGGAGCAGAAUGACUGUUCUGUUUGCUUGUCAGAGGGAAACAUCAGUCUGUCAAAUAUGAUCAGCUCUUUUACCCUGGAUGAAUCACAGAAACAAGCUGUUUUGAGCAGCGUUUUCAUGAAAAACUGCUCACACAAUGGCAGCAAAGUGAAGCUGAUUUGGGGUCCACCUGGGACUGGGAAGACAAAGACUGUUGCAUCAUUGUUGUUUGUACUUCUGAAGAUGAAAUGCAGGACACUUACAUGUGCUCCUACAAAUAUAGCAGUGGUUCAAGUGGCGAAAAGGGUUGUGGGACUCCUCGAACAUGGGACUUCCUGUCAUAGAUUGGGAGACAUAGUUCUGUUUGGAAAUGAGGACAAGAUGUGUAUAAAAGAUGAUCCUGAUCUUGCUACCGUGUUUUUAAGCUCUCGUGUUCAAAUACUUAGCAAAUCUAUAAGAAAGUGGAAGUCUAAUUUGGAGUCUAUGAUAUCUUUUCUUAGAUAUCCUGAGAAAUCGUACAAUGAAUAUGUGAUGAUGAAGAUGCAAUCAAAUGAGAAGGGGGAAGUCACUGAUAACCGCAACCUUGAGGCAGAUGAAUGUGUAAACAGAAAGAGCUCAACUAAGAAGCCUCAAAAGCCAUUGAAGGAUGAACUUAACAGAAAGGACUCUGAAUCACAAAACAGCAGCAAAACAACAGUUAAAUCUGAAGUUCACUUGUUGACAUUUGAGGAGUAUUUUGAGAAGACUUUCUUUUCCAUGGCAGAUGUGUUGAAAUCAUGUGCAAAUAGUUUCUGUACUCAUCUACCAACAUCAGUCAUACCACAAGAUGUCGAAAAAGAUCUGAUUGGACUUGUUGAUAAGCUAAAGAAGCUAGAAAGAGCAAGAAAAUCUGCUGGUUUUGUCAGUAAACUGAUAGAAGAGAGGAUAAAACAUGUUGCACCUUUUACAAGACUUUAUGAGAGAUUUCCUAAACCGAAGUUCAAGAAUACAAUAUGGGAUAUGUGUAUGGAAAAUGCUUGUUUGAUCUUUUGUACCGCUUCAAACUCUAUCAAAGUGACAUCAAAUAUGGAAAUGCUGAUCAUAGAUGAAGCUGCUCAGCUUAAGGAAUCUGAAUCAGUCAUUCCUUUGAGUAUAACUGGCCUGAAAAACGCCGUUCUGAUAGGUGAUGAUCGUCAACUUCCAGCCAUGGUUCAAAGCAAGGUGUCAGAAAAUGCCAACUUUGGAAGGAGUUUGUUCAAGCGAUUAGCAACACUAGGGAAAAAGAAGCACCUGCUCAACAUCCAAUACAGGAUGCAUCCUUCCAUAAGCUUAUUCCCGAACAAAGAGUUUUAUCAGAACCGGAUAAUAGAUGCAUCACAUGUCAAAGAAAGAACUUACAAAAGGACUUUUCUCGAGGGGGAAAUGUACGGAUCAUACUCUUUCAUUAAUGUAGAAAGAGGAAGAGAGAGCUUCAAUAAAGGGCAUAGUCCAAGGAAUGUGGAGGAAGCAGCUGUUAUUGAUCGGAUCAUUGCAAAACUCUUUAAGAGGCAUUGUAUGACAAAACAGAAGGUUAGUGUGGGGGUAAUAUCACCUUACAAGGGUCAAGUAAGUCUGAUUCAGGACAAAAUUGGGAAGAAAUAUACCAGUUGUAAGGAUAACUUUGCUGUCAGUGUUCGAUCAGUUGAUGGGUUUCAAGGCGGUGAGGAGGAUGUUAUAAUAAUCUCUACAGUUCGAUGCAACAGGAAUGGAUCAGUUGGGUUUCUUUCUAAUCAUCAGAGAACAAAUGUAGCUCUAACUAGAGCAAGGUAUUGUCUGUGGAUAGUAGGGAAUGAGGAUACUUUAAUCAGAAGUGGUUCAGUGUGGGAGGAACUUGUGAUUGAUUCCAAAACACGGGGUUGCUUCUAUAAUGCAGAUGACGAUAUAGAUCUUAUGGAGAAGCGCCAACCAGUUAGGAAACUCGAGUUCUUUGAUUCCCUGAAACUCGAGAAUGCAAGAUGGAAGGUUCUUUUCACUGAUGAUUUUGAGAUCUCGAUAAAAAGCAUAAACAUCAAGAAUAAGGCUGUGCAGGAAGUUCUGAGGAAAAUAGCUGAUGGGUGGCGUCAGUCCAACUCCGAGAAAGCAGCAACUGUUGCCAUUUAUGGUGUAGCAGCUGAACUGUUGGAGCAAUACCCCAUUGAUGAACAUUUUUACCUAGCUUGGUCCAUUGAUAUCGUAAAAGAAGAAUUCAAGUAUACUCAAGUUAUCAAAGUUUGGGACAUUUUACCAGCUUCCAAGAUUCCUAAACUUGUAAGGGAACUUGAUGAUCGGUUUGGGAAAUAUACUGUGGACUUCAUGAAUCGUUGCAAACAUAAAUCUUUCGAAGGGAAGUUGAUAGUGCCAAUGUCAUGGCCAGUUCAUUCUGUUCUGGGUGUUGAUUCUUUGUCAGACAGGAUUUCUGCGAUGAAUAUAUGGAAUGAUUGAGAAGAAUCUGAUCGAGUUUCAGAAUUGAUUUGGUGAUAUGGAUGCUUUUGUUUUUGGUAAGUGCACAUGCUUGCAGGAUUAUGCUGCAUUUGUCAAAAGCAUAUGAACUAUAAAUAUUUCAUUAGCACUUGAAACAUGUGAUCUUUUGUUGGUUAAAUAUGUUUUGUGACUUCUAGGAAUCAAUCAAUUCUUGUUUGAGAGAUGAUAGUGCCAAUAAAUGUUUGGACACAUUUUGAAUUGAUGUAUCGAAAUCAAGAAGAAGAUGAUGAAGAAGAAGCAAAUACAACCUGUAAUCUGAAACGU